UAUACUGUGGUUAGAUUAAAAUGCUGUGAGCAGUGACCUUUAUUACAGACACACAUAGGGUCUAUAGCUUUUCAAGUCCCACAGGCCAUCUCUGUGACCUAUGUCGCUGACUAUGGAGGCUUUGUCCAGGCAUCGUACUCUCAUACUCUGUGCAGCGGCUUUUGGAGCCUCUGUGGCAGUUGGAUGGUUUUUGUGUGCAAGUAAAAAGAAGUCGAAGAAAAGGAAACUGCAGAAAGUGGGAGAAGUGUCACAACUUUUCAUCCAUCCUAUCAAGUCCAUGAGAGGUGUGUCACUCUCAGAAGCAGAAUGCGAAGAGUUUGGCUUGAAAAAUGGGAACCUCAAAGACAGGCAUUGGCUUGUGGUAACAGAGAGCAAGGUGCAUGUCAGUGCUCGGCAAGAGCCCAGAAUGGUCCUCAUAUCUGUAUCCUGUAACAAAGAUCAUCUGGUCCUCAAUGCUCCUGAAAUGGAAGAUCUGAAAAUCCCUCUAAUUCUUCCCAAAACAAAUUCAGUAUCAAUAUGCAAGGUUUGGGGGAACGAGGUCCCAGGCAGGGAUUGUGGCGAAGAUGCAUCUCACUGGAUCACCAAUUUCUUAAAGGCCAAACAGGUCUAUCGCUUGAUGCAUUUUGAGAACAAAAUGAAGCCUAGAAACCCAAAAAAUGAAUAUCCAACGUAUACUGAGAAUGAUCAGGUUGCGUAUCCUGAUUUGAGCCCCCUGCUUCUGCUUUCUGAAGCGUCCUUGGAUGACCUCAAUACCAAACUUCAGAAGAAGGUUACAAUCCGGCAUUUUCGCCCUAACAUUGUGAUUACAGGAUGCUCUGCCUUUGAAGAGGAUUCCUGGAAAGAAAUGCAGAUUGGCAAUCAUGUGACCUUGAAACAAGUCAUGCCUUGCCCAAGGUGUAUAUUAACCACUGUGGAUCCUGACACUGGUGUUAUUGACAUGAAAGAGCCUUUGGAAACACUGCGCAGUUAUCGCCUGUGUGAUACUGCUGACAAGGAGGUAUACAAAGAUUCCCCACUCUUUGGACACUUUCUAAGAAUAGAAAAAAAUGGAAAAAUUAAAGUUGGGGACCCUGUGUACCAAAUUACCUACUGAUUUGGUAUUGGAAUUUUGUAAAAAAAAUCAUAAUUUUUUUUUGAGAAUUAGGCCUAGAUUACGAGUUGUGCGUUAGCCUUAAAAAGCAGCGUUAAGAGGUCCUAACGCUGCUUUUUAACGCCUGCAGGCAUUACGAGUCUUGAAGGUACAGGUGUACCACUCACUUUUUUAGCCAGACUUGGAAAUACCGCAAAUCCACUUACGUCAAUUGAGUAUCCUAUAUUUUCAAUGGGACUUGCAUAGCGCCGGUAUUACAAGUCUGACCAAAAGUGAGCGGUAAACCCUCACCUGUCAAGCCUGGUACCGCAUUUAAAAGUCAGUAGUUAAGAGUUUUACAUUACAACGCUGUAGCAUAAAACUCUUAACUAAAGUGCUAAAAAGUACACUAACACCCAUAAACUACCUAUUAACCCCUAAACCGAGGCCCCCCCCCACAUCACAAACACUAAAAUAAAUAUUUGAACCCAUAAUCUGCCGAGCCGGACAUAGCCGCCACUAUAAUAAAUAUAUUAACCCCUUAAACGCCGCACUCCCGCAUCGCAAACACUAUUUAAAUAUUAUUAACCCCUAAUCUGCUGGCCCUAACAUCGCCGCCACCUACCUACAUUUAUUAACCCCUAAUCUGCCGCCCCCAACA